AUGUCGUCCAAAACACCGUUACAGUUACAACCAUCAUCAUCAUCAUCAACAACAACAUCUCCUGAAUCCAAAAGAUACAAUACAAAACCAGAAGAAUCAGUCUUCUAUUCAAUGUGGUUAAGUUGUGUUUUCCAUACCAACGAUGGCCUAGGAUCGGAGAGCGAAGGGGUGCGAUUUAUACGCGUUCGCGAAGAUACACCAAUCGAUCAGCAGAUAUUGAUGCUUCAUGCACAUCCAAGGUCAUCGAUAUACUUGAAGAGUGCUGAUGGCUUCACCGAUCAUACCUACUUCACACUCGAUGAAGUGAAUUCCACUUCGGUGCAAAUACUUUUGACGAAAUCUCUGGAGAAUCUGGUGGACCGCGAUCAGCCACAGAAUUUGUUGAAAUUCCGGGUUCUUUGUACUGGGAAAAAGGGAAGAAGUGAAGAGACAAGUUAUAUAUCGGUGACAGUUUAUAUCGAAGAUGUUAAUGAUCAAGUUCCAAGGUUUAUUAAUGAACCUUAUAUUGUUGAAGUUGAGGAAUCAACACCGCCGGGUUCUGUGAUCUUUCGGAAUAUUCAAGCUUUUGAUCGGGAUAAACCUAAUACUCCCAACUCUGAGGUUCAUUUGACACUUGCCAGUUUUAACCAUGGUCCAGAUAGUGGGCCUUAUUUCGGCCUUGAAAGUCCUCAUCGUCCACUCUUGAUCUUAAAAAGGGAACUUGAUUUUGAUAAUGGAAUUCGUGAAUUUCGGCUUCCUUUAUUAGCAAUUGAUCGAGGUACUCCACCAAAUCAAGCAAAUACCACAUUGAUAAUUAGAGUUACUGAUGUUGAUGAUUUGCCACCAAAGUUUACCGAAGGAGUUUAUAGGACAAAGAUAAAUGAAUUUUUUCCAAUGACGGGAAAAUUAGUUCGUAUGCCAUUGUAUUUUUCACCACCAAUCAUGGCCUACGAUCAGGACUCAUUGAAUGCAACACUCGUUUAUGAAAUUAUUUCGGGAAAUGAACGAAAGCUGUUCGAUGUGAAUUCUUCGAAUGGAAUAAUAUUUUUGCAAAAGGAAAUCGAUUUGGAGGAAGAAAGUCUUCCUGGAAAUACAUUUGUUUUGCAAAUUGAGUCGAGGCAGAGAGAUAGUCCGUUGAAGAAAGCUGUUGCAAGAAUUGAAAUAGAAAUCAUGGACCUCAACGACAAUCAACCCGAAUUCGAAGUUGAUUUCUACAACAUUUCAAUAGUUGAAAAUCUCCCAAGUGGCUUCAGUGUCCUUCAAGUCAAUGCCAUCGAUCGUGAUCAAGGAGAAAAUGCCGAAUUUGCCUACAAUCUUGUCGAAGAAAAUUCCUCAGCUGGAGCUUUCCUAAUCGACAGUCGAUCAGGUUGGAUAACAGUUCGAGAACAUCGACUUUUAGACCGAGAAGCUCGAAAAUCUAUUGGAUUGGUUGUUGAAGCUAUCGAAAAAAAUCCCUCUUACGACGAAUUAAAUCAAGAAGGUCCAAGUUCUGUACAAGUAGAAAUAACUCUUCUAGACUCAAAUGAUAAUACUCCAAAGUUUGAAAAAGGAAAUUUAUAUGAAUUCAAAGUUCAAUCGAAUGCUGCUGUAGGAACUUUGAUCGGGAAAGUAAUGGCUUAUGAUCCUGAUGAAGGACGAAAUGGUAUUGUUUUGUAUGAAUUACAACGACCUAAGGGAAGUGGAUUUAUUCCAUUCCGUUUGGAUCCACAAACUGGGGCUCUAUAUGUAGCGGGACCGUUAAGACCUGGAAGAAUUGCAGUGUUUAUCGAAGCUAGUGAUCAACCAACAAAUCCUUCGGAAAGAAGAUUCUCCUUAGCAGUUGUUACAAUUGAAGUAUAUGCAACUUUAGGAGACGAAGAAGUCGAUUUCCUUGGAGCUCCCUAUGAAUUCUGGGUAGGGUCUGAUGUCCCACUUGGUACUUCUGUUGGUCAAGUUCGGACAACUUUGAUGUACGAAGGUGAUGAUGAUAUUUUGUACGACCUUUUACACUCUUAUUCCGAUGGAGUACCAUUUGCUAUUGAAGAACGUUCCGGAAUCAUAACUGUCAUUCGUGAACUUAAGGACUUUCAAAGACUGAUUUACUAUUUCGAGGCGGUUGCUAAUUUUCAAUUCACAAAUCUAACUCAAGGCCGUCAGCUGACUUUUCGAAAAUCACCAUUUCGGAAGCCUGUUGAUGCUUUUCACCAGAUUGAAGAGGAAAAAGAGGGUAUGCUUAUCACAAAUGUCACAAUCCAUGUUGUCAGUCAAAAAGAACUUACGAAACACCCUGUUAUUGAGGAAAUCAACGUCCGAGCUAUUGGCUUUCAUGUGGAAGAGAACAAAAUCGGAGCUAUUAUUGGUCAACUGAUCUACAAGAACGAAAAAGAGCUUGAAGCCCUAGAGGCUCAUAAGAUCUUUGCUCAAAUGAAUGCCUUUAAACGACUUCAACCCUCAAGUUAUCGAAACUAUAGCAGUUUUAUUAAGAACAAUACAAAAACUCGUGCAAUGCGACGUCUUGAAAAUGGAGGGUUUGUUGCCCUCCGGUACAUUAUAGCAAAUCGUCAGGAAGUCAUGAACAAAAUCACAAUUACCGACGAUGGAACUCUGAUGACUAUUACUGGUCUUGAUCGUGAAGACCGGGAUCACUAUGAGCUCACAAUUAUCGUGGAAUACUCUAAGGGGCCGAUCAGUGGAGCCGCUAUCUAUCAAGUUAAUGUAAUAGUUGAUGAUGUUAAUGACAAUCCACCACUUUUCGACGCCCCUGUCUAUGUCGGAAUGAUCAAUGAAAAUUGUGAGCUGAGGGCUGAAUUGUUCCUUAAUCGAUAUAUUAAGGUAUCAGAUGCUGAUGUGGGGAAGAAUGCUGAAUUCAAGGUUGUUCUUCAAGGUGAAGGCAGUGAUAUGUUUGCUGUGGAAAUGGCUAAUAGUUCUCACAAUACCGUUUUCAAUUUGUUCAACCUUACCGAACAGUGGAAUGAGGAACAGGAAUUUGUUGACAUGCAAUCUUUUAUCUUGGGUCCGAAUUUGACCUACAGUAGCGGCCCACAUUAUCGAAUAAGGUUCACUGGAAGAAAGGGCCUAGAUAGAGAGAGGGAACAGUUUUAUCAGUUAAAGCUGAUUGCUGUUGAUUCGGGAGGUUUAUCCUCAGUAGCCCAGCUGAAUGUGUUAGUUGCUGAUGUAAAUGAUAAUCCGCCGAUAUUUGACAAAAUAUCAGUCUUUAAGGAGUCGAAUUUAGAGAUUCGGGAAUAUACCACUGAUAUGGAGAUAUUCUUCAUUGAGAAGCAUACUCAACAGCCGAUUUCGGUAAUACCAAGUUACAAUCUUCCCGGGUCACCGAGACUUGCUUUAGAAACCCAUUAUGACUUGCUGAAUAGGGAAAAACGGGCUGGAGGUAUGCCAAAAUGUCCUCUCUUUGCUAUGAGAGAGGACAUAGCAGUUGGAACGAUAGUUCUCCAAGUCACUGCAACCGAUGAAGACUACGGAAAAAAUGCCAGGGUAAUGUACGAAAUCGAAUCGGAAUCGGUCAAUUUUAUCGGAAGACCGACCGGAAAAGUUUUCAAGACCUUUUCAAUUGAUAAGCUUACCGGAGAGCUUAAAGUCAAUUCUCUACCAGAAGCUAUGUCCGAGGUGACCCUCAAUUUAAAAGCUAAGGAUAUUGGAAAUCUUUUUGAUAACACUUGCAUACGAUUUACUAUUGUCGAUGUUAACAAUCAUGCACCGAUGUUUAAGAAAUCUUGGUAUUCUUUCGAUGUUCAUGAAGGGCCUUACGUUCAACAUUCUGUUGAUAGACUCGAGGCUACUGAUAUGGAUUAUGGUCAGAAUGCAAAUAUAACGUACAGUAUUAAAGCUGACGAAGAGGUUCCAUUUACGAUAUCACCAAUUUCUGGGGUUUUGAAAAUCGAUGGAAACUUGGACCGGGAACAGGUUUCGAUAUAUAAUUUUCAUGUAAUGGCAACUGAUAAUGGUGAAGAAACUCAGCGAAUGUCAAGUUCGGUAGAAGUUGAAAUAAAUAUCCUCGAUGUUAAUGAUAAUGUUCCGGAAUUUAUUGGUUAUGAUGAUCUUGUUGAUCCGAAAUUGUACAAUCUUGAAGGAAAUACACAGAUCGCCCUCUAUCGGUCGUUUUUGGGACGAAAUAGUAUGCCUGGAACUUUUGUUAAACAGAUCAGUGCAGUUGAUAAGGAUUACACUGGGAAUGGAAAUGGUUUAGUCCUUUACUCCUUGGUGCAUAAGGAGAUGCCAUCGUUAUUCCAGAUUGAUUCAAGAGAUGGCGUUGUAACGACAAUUGGAGAUUUUAAUAAAUACAAUGACUACGAGCAUUUAAAUAUGACAAUUAUUGCUUCGGAUCUUGGUAGUCCAACACAGUCAUCGACUGCUUUACUCUUGGUCAAUCUUCAGGGACAGAUUAUGUUACCAGAGGUGGAACCGGAAGAACCCCUCAACGAAAACCUAUUUCCCCACAGAUAUUACGAAGUCAGUUUGGAAGAGAAUAAUGCUGCUCCAAUGGAGCUUAUCAAUCUUAACCUAACUUCCCGACAUAAGACGGAUUCAUAUCGAUGGGCUUUAAUUCCAGAAGCUGAGUCUUCGGAUCAUCAUUUCUUUGAGAUUGAUCCAACAACUGGAACUGUUUAUGCUAGUAAAUCAUUUGAUAGGGAACUUCAGGAAACCUAUCGAUUGAAGAUUCGUGCUGAGAAGGUAUCCCGAGAAGGUCGGAAUUUCGCGAAGAUGACUUAUCCUGUUGCUGAUGAAAGAGUCAUUGAUUUGAAUUACAACGAAGUGAGAGUUGUCGUAUUGAUUAUGGAUCAAAAUGAUAAUACACCAAAGUUUCGAGGAAGUGGAAGACCAAUUGUAGCAGUUAUACCGAAUACAGCAAAUUUUGGCUAUCCAGUAACGAGAGUUGAAGCAUUAGAUGCUGAUAAGGGUAUUAAUUCAGAAAUUCGAUAUAAACUUCUUAAUGAACCAUCAAGAUUGUUUGGAAUUGAUGAAGUGACGGGGAAUAUAAGAGUAUUGAAUUCAGUUGGAGUUGAUCAGAGGGUUUAUGGAUUUGAUGUUAAAGCAACUGAUCGUCAAGGAGCUGAUGACGGAAGAAGUAGUAUAGCUAAUGUUUUUGUCUAUGUUCUGGAUGAGAGUAAGGAAGUUCGUUUGGUGAUUUCUGGCAGGCCGGUUGAAGUUGAACGACAAAUUGAAGAUUUGACGGCGAGAUUGAGUGAAGCAACACAAAUGGAUGUUAAGAUAAGAAUGUUGGAACCGCAUGAGGGUGGCGAAGAAAUUGCGACUGAUGCCUAUGUCUAUGCCGUUGACCUGCGAACUAAUGCUGUCGUCGAUAUGGAAACCCUUCACAGGUAUUACCAUUCUAUCCAAAUUAACAAAACUUUGACUUCUAAUUUUUUGAAUUUAAAUUUCCAGCUCCUUAAGCUUGCUACUGCUGAAAACUCUUCAUCCAUUGCCGAGCCCCGAAUCUUGGAAGUCUCAGAUUUCGGAACAGUCCGGUCUUCUAGUAAAUCGGUCUCCAUUAUGGGUGGCACCGAAAUAAUUUCUCUAGUUUUGGCUGUCCUCAUUUUGGCGGGAGCCUGCACUACUGCCCUCUGUCUGGUGUGCUUCAAGCAAAAACGAUGGACGGAACAAGAAUUUCCAUCAUCGGAAACUGGUCUAACUUAUACGAUAGCAAGGCUAAACGAUGUUACCGGCGGUGGAGCUGGCGGUGGAAGCGGCAGCAAAAUAUUGCGGAAGACCAUAAGCAGUCCAGAGUCAAUGUGUUCCACGCAUUCAUCCAGUACGAUGCAGAAACCGGAUAUCUUUCACAAAACGCCAACCAUUCUGAGCAACGACAUGCGUCCCAGGGAAUAUAUUGAUGUCCCGUUACCAAAGUCAAUUAUCAAAGCAAACCGGUCAGCUGGGACAGCAGAGCACGAGCCUAUGGCAUAUGUGACCAAGUAUAGCACCUUUCAGGCAUCGAAUAGCUUAACACAACAUUACGACACAUCUUUACAUUCACAUCAUUCAAGUGGUCGUGAUUCAGGCAUUGAUUUUAUAAGUCAUCGUGAACGCAGUGAAACUCCGUCAGAUAUUCUCAAGGUCUUACAGAGGCGACAGAGCGUCUCGGAUAUUCGAAAAUAUCCCCACACUGAGUCUGGUGUAUGCUUUGCUGCUGCCAAUGAUAGCAGUGACAGCUAUGAGGAUUCUCUUAAAAAUGAAGACGUAACAUCGACUCGAGCCUGUAGUCUUCACUCGAUACCAAGUAUGCAGAAAAAGCAACAACAAGUCUGCGAACUUCACAAACUUCAUAAUUAUCAAAAUACAAAUUUCCAUCAUGGCCGGAUACGACAUUCAUUUUCCGGUGUAAAAGACGACUUAAUGCAGAGUUCCCCGAGGGUCUCUCUACGACCUAGAGGACAUCAUUUAAGAAAUUCCAUGACAGAUCUCGAGCAACGAUUGCAUAAUUUGGAGCAAUCAUUUCGCAAGAGUGACUCCAUUUAUUAGGACAAAAUUUGUAGACUUGAAUUAGAGUAAGCUUCAUUGGUAUUAUUAGGAAAUACAUUUUUAGCAAUUAAGAACGCACCUUGUUAAUUG